GAAGAUUCGUGGGUCGUUGUCAGCGGAAGGAUUUGAAAAGUCGAGUUGAACGGGGGUUGAGAGAUGCAAGGACGACUCGGUCCUCGUACGAGGAGAUGUUGAGAGGAGGAAGAAGCAGGGGCGGAGGCGGAUGAAGAGGAGGAGGUGGAGGAGGUGGAUGACGAUGAAGAGUACAAGGGGUUGAGGGGGGAAGAAGUAUAGAAUCGGCGAGAGACAGUUCAGUGGCCCUCCUCCAUCGGCCGCGAGUCGCGCCUUUCCAAAGGCCAGCGGGCUCCUUGUCCUAUUUCUGACGUCACGCGAGUGCACAAGAGAGUGCCUAACUAACGGCGCAUGCGCGACUGUUCACCAACAUGGUGAACGUCCUGCAACUCUCACUCGCGACUCGGCAAGGUUGACUGCGAGACGACGAGUAGUGAGCGGUUAUCACGUCGUUUGUGCACGGGCCCCGAAUAAAGGUCCGGACUCGUUAAAUUUUAUAUUCGACAAUUGCUAAACCUUACGCGGGGGGGAGAGUAAUUAUCUUAUCUUUUUUUUUUCUUUUCUUUUAAUCUUUUCCUCUUCAUCCCUUAUUAUCUUCUUAUCCUUCUUUAUAAUUAUUAUUUCCUUUUUUCUAUUCACAUUUUCUUUAUUUUUCAACAACCAUUUCUAAAACUUUUGUCUCUUUAUUCGAAUAUAAUCUUCCUUCCCUUCUCUUUUUAUAUUUUUACUCUUCUUAUUCUUUCGAUCUCGUCCCUUUCCUCUUCCAUUUUCUUUCACUCUCACUUUUACUCGUCCUCGAUACCUACCCAUUCCCCCCCUUUACCUUUUUUUUUUUUUACCGAUGAUAGUGCCGAUUCUCAAUCACGUAGACAAAUUGAAUGGAAUAACAGUCUCAAUAGAGAUAACUUCAUUUUUGGCUUGUGCCCUCCAUCGUCCUUCCUCGAUUAUGGAUAGGCAAGAGGCUCGACAAAGUGCUAACAUCUUUGACACAUCCGAACCAUAUUGAAGGUGGAGGCCGGCUAUAGAACAUCGCCGUGUCAGGAAGGUGCUGUCACUCGAAAGAUUGAGAAGACGGACACAAGAUGGUAUCGAGAAGAAAAAUUCUCUCUCGGUCGCGAGACAAUCUCGUGGAUUCUCAAUACGAGGAACAAGAGGAGGAAGACGUUUGGUACAAUCUCGACAAAUUGUUCAAGGAUCACAUACAAGAAGUUUUGGAUAAGUGGAAUCAAAUAGACGAUGAAAUAUGGGCGAAAGUAAUUGUAUUCGAGAGAAACAGACGCGUCGCGAAAGCGUACGCUAGGGCACCGGUUCUCACGAUAAACGGUUCGAAUGAUGGUUUCGACGGCUUCAGGAUAGGACUUUGCGGUUUUGAUAAUCCAAUGCGUGAUCCGAAGACGGAAGAAGCGAAACGUCUUAUUAAUCAAGGAGUUAAAAUUAAAAUGGACGAGCAAGGAAAUAUACUUAUUAAAAGGUUGUGCAAAAAUAACGUUUACAUAAAGCCUACCAAUCAGGAGGAUAAUGCUAUCGGUCCUGAAAUUAUACGCAACUCGCAAGGUGCUCUCGAACACGAAAAACCUGGAAAGUUGUUCGAUAUGAACAAAUUCAAAACAAAUUUGUCCCGCGAAACUUUACGAGCUUAUCCCGACAGAAGAAGACUAGAGAUGCAAUGUUUAAGUGCUAUUGUCUUCGUGAGAACGGAAGCAGAUCUACUGCAAUGCCCAGUUUGGGUUCUAAUAGUAAACGUUGUUGGAUUGGACAUGCUAAAGUCCAAAUUGCCGCCAGUUUUAGCCUUGCAAAGGCCUGUAGAUAUAAAGAAUCGUCCAAGGAUACCAAUUCCGGAUGAGGAUCCUUACAGCGUAGCUGGAGUCUCGUCCUCGGUAGGACCUAGUGAAAUAAUGCAUUCCGACAGAGAUGCGCGAGAACAAAUUUAUAUGCAAUCUACUAGUUACCAGCAAAGACGAGCUGAGAGACCACCUAAAUUACCACCAAGAGAAAAUCUUUAUGGUCAUGAUAUACCUAAGCCUGAUUACGACGAUAUCGAGGAUGAUUAUUCGAGAACGAUAAAACCCGCCAAUGAAGAAAAAAGGAACAAGAAUGACGAUAGAAAAAAAUACGACGAUCCAUAUUAUUGCGGAUUACGUGCACGCGUACCUAACUUCGUGAAAAUGGCAAGGAACGGACAAAGUAAAGGUGUUGUUCCUCGAGGACAUGUUAGACCACAACCUGCGCCAUCUUAUGCUGGCUCCGUAUAUACCAGUAGUCAAUCAUCUCAGAUUUAUGGACAUCACGUUCCCGCGAAUCGACCACACAUCAUGUACCACGCGAGAAGUUUUGAGAGUGGGCUCGACUCGGAUAAUAGAAUCGAAUCGCCGUACAACCAUAUAUAUGGAAGAUUACCCAUCCCGACGAGAGGCGUGAUACCUCCUGCACCGCGUGCUAUGUACAUUGGAGAAUGGGAUUAAGUUUAAACAAGUAUCUCAACGUUUGUACCUAUAAACUUGUAUAUUGUUAAUAUACCACAUAAAUACUCAUAUUUUUAUGCUAUCGAAAAAAAUUGAUUAUAAUUUUUACUUAAACGUCUCACAUCUUAGCGAGAUAUUUCAUCCUUUUCCAUUAUCUAGUUCAAUAAUCUCGUUAGAAUCCUAUAUACUCAUACCUAUGUGUAUUUAAGUACGUAGAUA